AGUAGAGGGGAACUUUUCAUAGGAGCAGUUCUUUCUCAAACUUUCCCGAUUUCUUUUGUGAUAUUCGACAAUUUUAAAUCAAAAAUAUAAAGUGAUAGAAAUAGAAAUUCUGAACAUUACUUAAAUCGUUGCUAUAGCUAUGUACCAAAAGACUUUAAUUUGGACUCUUUUAGGAAUAAAUUUUAUGUUUUCAGUUAACUGCGAAUGCCCAGCUGGUUUUACCCAAAGAAAUUCAUUUUGUUUUAAUUUUCAUACUGAAAAAGCUAAUUGGCAAAGUGCUAAUGAAAUUUGCAGGCAAAAUGGUGCAAUGUUGAUCGAGAUGGACACGCAAGAAAAGAUAGAUAACUUUAAAAACUUAUUUUCGAAUGAAGAUAAUGAAUUUUGGAUUGGAGCAACGGGUUACUUUACCAAUUGGAUGAAUUUAUAUAACGGAAAUUUUUUGAGAGAUCAAUCUUGUCAUCACAUAUCUGAACAUAGUUUCUAUUUCAAGUCAAAUUUCUCUCCUAGUGCUAGAAAUAAGGAUGAUUGCGUGAAUCAAUGUAAACAAAAUGGUUAUUUUUACGCAGGCUAUUACAAUGAUGGUGAAUGCCAUUGCGGCCAUCGGAAUUUCGCAGAGAGGCCCUAUGUAGCAGACAUAUCCAUGAGCCAAUGCCUAUCGAGCAGAACCAAUGUAUUCCAUUUAUUUAUUGUUAAUGGUGAUUUCGUCAGAUGGCGUAGUGGUCAGCCGAAUGACAAUCAGGGUUAUCAAGAGUGCGCAUUCUUUCAAAAGGAUAAUUCUGGUGUAUUAUCCGAUGAAAAAUGCAAUAAGAACAAAAGAUAUAUAUGCGAUUUACCUAAGGAACAAUGUACAAACGAAGCUGAUUCUUCAAAAACUAUAAGAAAUGAUCGUUGCCUUCUACUUAGCCCUCACAAUGGCGGAAUAACAACGUAUUUUCAAGCUACAAAUAAAUGCUCUGGAAGAAAUGGUAGAUUGUUUGUACCUUUAGUCGAUACAGAUUAUGAGGACUUGGUUGAUUUAUUAAAUCGUGGAAGACAUUCGGAAGCCUGGGUUGGAAUAACUAGAAGAAAAUGGAUUUGGUCAACUAGUAAGAAAACAAUGAUUGAAAAUAUAUGGUCAACAAAUACGAAUUGGUUAACAAAGUUCUUUAGAAAGAAGUGUAUGUUAACUAAAAAAGAACAAAAUAACGAUUUAGCAUGGUUAACUGACGAUUGUGAAGUAAACAAGUCAUUUGCUUGUGAAUUUGUCGAAGUAAUUACUACUCAACAAACUACAACUGAAGAUGUAGCAACUACUAAACUUUCUACAGAAGACGCUUCAUCAACUGUUACAAGUUUUACUCAAAGUUCUACAGUGAACUAUUCAAUGUCCACCAAUUAUACACUUAAUUAUACGAUAACCCAAAAUGUGACUAGUGAAAAUGUUACCCAAAAUGCUACUCUAGUCAAUACUACAGUAAUUAUGACAACACCUGUACAAACUACAGAGGAGAGAGUGAGUACAGCUAUUCAAACAACUUUCAAAUCACCUGAACCGUUUAGUGGCAACAAAGAUGACGAAGGAAAUAAUGUUAAAUUAGUUGUUGCCAUUAUAGCCUCAGCUAUUGCCGUAAUACUUAUUGUAACAAUUGUUAUAAUCGUCAUCAUUAAACGGAGAGAUAAAGCACAAGAAGAGGAUUGGCCGGAACCAAUUCCAACUAUAUCAUCUAAUGGUGAUUCAACACUAUCAAACACUAAUGUUAUUGAUACAGCUUAAAUAAAAUCCUUUUAUAACAUUGCGUUACCUAAAUGUUACUACUCCGUGUGGGCGUUCAAGAACUUAAUUUUUGCACAUCCUUUAAGUAAUAUGAGCUUAUUAUGUCGUAAGCAAGUUUUAACAAUAAAUUACUUAUGAG